CCGAAACCCACCCAUCGUCAACCCACAUUUUUCCGCGACUGAGGCGAGCAUUAUGACCUGUAAGGAGACCUUGACAGGAAUUUUCAUGCCUAGCACCUGGAAGAAGCGAAAUAAAGCCGCCGAGGAGUCACCAAAGGUCGAACCUUCCUCUGCGACUGCUUCGCCUGCUUCGUCUGCACUGAUACAAGAACCACAAAGUCGCACUCAACCCGCCAACACACUCCAGGCUCCGUCAGAUGAAUCUAUUUUUCAUUGCCACCCGGAAACCGAAAGCAAGAAUGUCGAACUAGAGACUAGCCUCGAAGAGAAGGAGAUGGCGGACAAGAAAGAGACGAGGGAAAUGAAAGAGACGACAGAAAAAAAGGCGAUGGUGGAUAAGAAGGAGGCUCGUACUGAGCUUCUUAGCAAAGUCGAGCAGGAGGAAUUGAGCCAGCGAUUGCAUGAUAAAACGCAGCGUAACGGCCUUUGGGAAGCAGCUUACCGGAAGGUCGAGCAGGAAGUGAACGAAAACGUCAUGGCCCAGUUUGUCAAGCUUCUAGUGGAAGCGGAGAUCAGUCAAGACGAGGCAGGAACAAGCAAUGGCGAUGCCGAUGAAAGGGGCAAUAAGGGCAAUCUUGAAAAGCUGCAGGAUAUUGUCAAGGGCAAACUGGAUGUGAUACAGAAUGCAAGACUGGUCGUUAGGGGCCGAGUUGUUGGGGACAAAGUGUCUGAGAUACUCUGCACGAUCAAGAUGUUCAAGGAUAUUAUCACAGCGACCGUUAGCGCAGAACCUCAUGCAGCUCUGGCAUGGGGUUGCGUGGCAGGAUUUUUCCCGUUGCUAGAUAAUGCACUGACACAGUUUGAUACCGCCAAGGCUGGGCUGAAAGAUAUCUCUGACAUCUUGGUUCGUUGUCGACUCAUAGAAACAACCCCUUUAAUCUCUAGGGUUCAGUCAUCUGAAGAUCAGGGGCUUCUUUCUCGGGUGAAAGACAAGAUGAUCAACCUUUAUUCACAGUCUCUAAAGUAUCAGAUUUCGCUGGUGGCCCAGUACUCUCGUCCUUCCAUCAAGCGUCUUCUAAGGGACGCCGUUCUGAAAGACAAUUGGACGGCCAUGCUUACGAGUAUGAAGAAUACGGAAGAUAGUAUCACUUUGGAUUUGGGAAAGCUCAAUCAGAAGAUAAUCACAAGCAUUGAUGAUCAGAUGUCCCGCCUGCGGCAGACUGUGAAGUCAACUUUGGAUGAGAGUAGAAAAGCUCACGAGGAGAUCAAGCUCCUCACACAGGACGCCUUGAUUAGGGGACUGCGGGAAGCCGAAUAUGCUGCAUUUGAUACUUAUAGGAAGGACAUGCCCCCUCCACCAUACUGCCAUGAAGAUACCCGGAAACAGAUUCUCUGUGAAAUUCAAAGAUGGGGAAUUGGAGGCGAUAGCAACUGCAUCUUUUGGCUUAGAGGCAUGGCAGGCACUGGCAAGUCUACCAUUGCUCGGACUGCGGCCAAGAUGUUCAAUGACCAGCUUCUUCUUGGCGCCUCAUUUUUCUUCUCGAGAAGCAAUGCCGAUCGAGCAGAUCCCGAUAGACUUUUCCCCACUCUGGCCCGACAAUUAGCAGAUGUGCUUCCUGGCUUUGCAACCCACUUGAAAGAUUCCAUUCAGCAAAAGCAUGGUGUGGCUCAACAGUCUCUAGAUCGACAGUGGCGAUGUCUCAUUCUUGAACCCCUUUCUGCGCUGAGUGACAAAUUCUCGCAUCCGAUGGUUUUAGUCCUUGUGAUUGACGCAUUGGAUGAAUGCCAGAACGGACGUAUAUAUGCUCAGAGCAUCGUAAAGCUUUUGGCGACAGCGAGAACGCUAGAAAGAGUUCGGCUACGGAUCUUUGUGACCAGCCGGCCCGAGGAUUAUCUGGCUGAUGGAUUCACCCAGAUUCCUUCAACGACUUAUUAUGAUGUAAUGAUUGAUGGUACUGGAGAUCUGACCACAGAACGAGACAUCCGUAUUUUCCUCGAGGACAAACUUUCCGAAAUUGCUUUAAUAAAGCAGCCUAAAGGCAGGACCCAGGAAGCGUGGCCUGGCAAAGAACGAGCAGAAAAACUUAUUGAACGAUGUGGACGAUUGUUCAUCGCCGCAGCGACUGCCUGUCGAUUACUUGAGGCUACUGGGUUCCUCGACGCUACCUUGGAUUUGUUGCUCAAUACAAAUAAGCAGCAUGUUUCACUUACCAAAGAUAUUGAUGAAAUGUACAAAUUCGUCCUGAAGCAGGCAAUCACAGAGCGAGGUUCAGAUAGUAUAUAUCUGAUUCCUCUGUUCCAGCUAGUAGUUGGGUCAGUCAUCACCAUGCCAGAGGCCCUCUCAUUGCGUAAUCUUGCCACGCUUCUCCGAGAACCCUGCGGAAACAUCAGAAUAAUGCUCAAAAACCUGAAGUCAGUCCUGGUUGUGCCGGAAGAUGACGAGUCGCAGGUUUCAAUCUUCCAUCUUUCCUUUCGUGACUUUCUUGUCGAUCCAAAUCGAUGCGAUGAUGAGAACCUCCUCAUUGACGAGAAGGAAGCGAAUAAGACACUUUUCCAUCGAUGCAUGGAUGUUCUUCGUGAACAGGGCAGCCUGCGCAGAAAUAUUUGCAAUAUUGAACAUCCAGGAACUACAGCGGUUGAGGUAUCGCAGGAAACCAUCAACAAGCAUCUUCCCCAUGAGGUCCAGUAUGCCUGUUGGUAUUGGGGUACCCAUAUCAACUGUGCGGGUUCUUUUCAGACAAAGGAAACCACACAACUCAUGAACUUCUUGAAAGAGCAUUUCACCCACUGGCUAGAGGUUCUAAGUCUGACGAGGAGGAUGUCACAUGCCAGUCCCACGAUGACUGAACUGGAGACUCGUGUUGCCCCUGGGGACUAUCCAGAACUUCUCGAAUUUGUUGAUGAUGGGAGACAAUUCAUCAAUCAUCAUGGCAUUGACAUUGCCGAGGCUCCGCUUCAGGUCCAUUACUCUGCCCUUAUUUUCUCCCCACCAUCAAGUGUGCUACGAAAGCAAUAUCAGAAAGAGUCUCCCCGGUGGAUAAGACUUACAUCUACUACUCACGAUUCUUGGGGACAAGCUGAGCGUAUACUCCGGUGCGGGGAGCCACGAUGUGCAACCUUCUCUCCUGAUUCAACAAAGGUCGCAGCUGGUACCCUAUUUGGUAAUGUAAUGGUCUGGAAUCUGAUAACUGGCGAACUGGAGCAAGUACUACAAAACCAGGGUCUAAGUCCUGGGCAGAAAGAAGUUUUGGGAGUAUCAUUUUAUCCCAAUGGCAGGAAGAUAAUGGCAGUCUAUAAAGAUCAAACUGUCAAUACUUUCGAUAUUGUUACGGGGCACCUGGAUCGACGGCAAAAUAUAGCGGUCGGUGUCAGAGAUAUUGCGGCUAUUAAAUCAUUGCCUGACUCAAGAAGAGUUGCGUUCCUCCAAAACAAUACCAAAGCAGUGUGCCUCUGGGACUCUGAGUUUGGCGUGACUAAGAUUAUAGAGGGUCAGUUUGAUAAAUGGAUCUUGUCACCCAACGGCGAGCUCAUUGCGUCAUGCUCAGAUGGUCGUGUCAGGUUGAGUAAGAUCAUUCCCCGUGGCAGUGAGGUUUGUGAUACCGAAGAAAUAUUCGCCUGGGAGGUGAGAGAUGAUUACUGGUUUCACGCUGUCUUUUCUUCGAGUCUCAAAAAGAUCGCCCUUAGGAUCGAUUAUAACAAGGUACUGGUAUGUGAUCCAGAAAGGGGACCUGAGGAGGUAAUAGAAAUCGAAUUUGGCUAUGUUGGAGAAAUCGAAUUCGGCUAUGUCGGUGAAAUAGCCUUUUCACCCGAUUGCACCCAGCUGGCAGCGAGCACAUAUGCAGGGACGUUAGAAAUAUGGGACCUGACUACUCGCCACAUUAUCCAUCGGCUACAGGGUUACUCUGAUGAAGUCAGGAGUUUUACCUUCUCCCCUGAUGGUCGCAAGCUAGUCUCCUUAACAGGACGCGAGCAAGCAGUGCGAAUAUGGGAUCUCCAUGGCUUGGGCAAAGUGGGCCAACCACCAGCGUUACCAAUCAAUACGUAUGGAAGUAUACACUCAUCUCUCUUUUCUCCCAGUGGGGAAAUGGCUAUGCUCACUAGAUACAGUGAUGUGUCUGAAAUAUGGGAUCUCGCCACUGGCAAACUCCAACACAGACUGACAGAAGAAAUUGGCCGGUUUGCCGCAUUCUCGCCAGACAACAAAUACCUAGCUUUUGUCAAUAAUAAUGGCUACUUUAAGUUGUUCAGUACCAUAACAUGGAAACCCAGCAUUCUUCUUGAGACCUUACUUGGCGUGACUACUGCUUUUUCGCCAGAUAGCAAGAGAAUGGUCAUCCACGGCAAUGAUGGCAUUUUGCGGGUGUACGACAGCGCUACGGGUAGGGAAGAACGAGCUAGCCCAAGACCUCUGCCGAAAAGUGAGAUACUUGCUUUCUCACCAAACGGUGACAUGGUGGCAUCAUCGUCAGCUGGACUUAUGACAGUCUGGAGCCUUGGCAAGGAGCCAACACAGUAUGACAUCGACUUUGGGUGCGAUCACAUUACAGCCAUUGCCUUUUCGCAUAGCGGGAAGCAGAUCGCGAUAGGUUGUGAAAGGGGGCAUGUGAAGAUCUCAGAUCUGAGAACCGGAGAAGUGCUUACGAAGCAUGCUGGCUAUUCGACAUCCGUUUAUUCUCUGACUUUUGCGCCCGACGAUACUCGACUGGCAGCAAGAGAUGUUAUCACCAUUCUUAUAUGGGAUAUGGCAAAGGAAAAACCGAUCAAAAAAUUACUGUGCUACAGUAAUAUCUCAAACCGACAGCCGCUCUUGCUAAACUGGAAAGACCUGGCAAUGUACACGUUUGAAGAGGAUCUGAAAUGGGUGACUUACAAUGAGAAGAAAAUUGUGGCUAUCCCAGCUGACUUUCGUCCACAAUCUGUUGAUCUCCUGUCCGCCAGCUCUCUAGUUUUGAUAGGCAAAAGCUCGGUUAUUGGCACCUUGCAUUUUUCCCCAGAGCCAGACUAUGCUGACAUAUAGAUUUCCAUUUGCGAAUAAAGAUUAUUUUGUUUACAUACAAACCCAC